AAUAUCCUGCUGGAGCGCAUGAUUGGCUCCCGGUUGCACAAUCUGCUAAAAGAAGCUUUAAAAGGCUGCUUGCCGUUGAUUUUUUUCCUUUUGCUUUCGGGUUGCCUGUGGGUGUGGUUGGUUGGGCUGCUGGCUGCCUGCAAAGGGCAGAGAGAACAGACACCCACCCAGCUGCGAUGGCCUCUCCAGCUACAGCAGGGGACAUAAAAGAUGACGCUAUUUGCUCCAUCUGCUUGGGGUAUCUGACAGAGCCGGUGACUAUAGCGUGUGGGCACAACUUCUGCCGAGCCUGCAUCACCCAGUACUGUGAGCAAUGGGGAACAGGGACACCCCUGACCUGUCCCCAGUGCAGAGCCCAGUUCCAGAAAGGGGAGUUCAAACCCAACACCCAGCUGAACAACAUUGUACAAAAGCUCCAACAACUGGGGUUAAAACCAGGAAAAGGGCAAAAGGAGAAACUGUGUGAGAGACACGAGGAACGUCUCAAACUCUUCUGUGAGGAGGAUGGAGAAACCAUUUGCUUGGUGUGUGAGAAAUCCCGGGACCACAAGUCUCACACGGUGGUUCCCAUAGAGGAGGCUGCCCAGGAGUACAAGGAGAAACUCCAGGGAGCCCUGGGCCCUCUGAGGAAGGAGCUGGAGAAGGCCCUGGCGCUGACAUCUAAAGAGAAGAAGGAAACCACGGAGUGGCAGAGGAAAGUGAAGAAUAAGAGAGAGAUGAUUGCAGAUGAAUUUAACAAGCUGCACGCACUGCUGAGAGAGGAGGAGCAGAUGCUUCUGCAGAGCCUGGAGGAGGAGGAGAGGGAGACUCUGCAGAGACUACAGGAAAAUGUCACCAAACUCUCCCAGCAAAGCUCCUCUCUGCAGCAGCUGAUCACAGAGUUAGAGGAGAAGUGUGAGCAACCAGUUAUCGAGCUGCUAACGGAUGUGAAAAGCACAUUGAGCAGGAGUGAGAAUGUGAAACUCCAGGAACCAGAAGCUGUUUCUACUGACCUGAAGAAUGUGUAUAAAAUUUCCCUUGACAUGAGGGAAGCGCUGAAGAGAUUUGGAGUGGACGUGACUCUGGAUCCAGACACGGCUAAUCCCUGGCUCAACCUGUCUGAGGAUCGGAAAUGUGUGAGACUCAGAAGCACACGCCAGGAUCUGCCUGACAAUUCUGAGAGAUUUGAUCCUUGUGUCUGUGUCCUGGGCACUGAGGGGUUCAUGGGAGGGAGGCGUUACUGGGAGGUGGAGGUGGGAGACAAGACGAGGUGGGCUCUGGGGAUUUGUAGGAAAUCUGUGCGCAGGAAGGGGCUGAUCACACCCACACCGGCGGAUCGAUACUGGGUUGUGUGGCUGAGUGCUGGGGAAUACAAGGCCCUUACCUCCCCCUGGGUCCUCCCUGUGAGCGUCAGGCCCAGCCGGGUGGGGAUUUUCCUAGACUAUGAGGCGGGCGAGGUCUCGUUUUACAAUGUGACUGACAGAUCCCAUCUCUUCACUUUCAUUGGCACCUUCUCUGGGACGCUCCGCCCUUUCUUCUGUCCUAGUCUCAGUGCUGGGGGUAAAAACGUGGCUCCCCUGAUAAUCUGCCCGGUCCCAGCUCAGGCCAGAGCUGUCCCUGACAGUGUUACAGAUUUUCAUUACUAA